AUGCGAACCCCCCGAACCUUCCACCUCUUCCCGCGCCUCCCGCCCGAGCUUCGCGCCCUCAUAUGGACCUUCCACAAGAACAGCCGCGGCAUCCGACACCACCUCGUCGAGUCGGAGCAUGGCCGGCACUACGCCGCCAUCGACAUCGAGGUCGACACGUACGCACGCACCAUCCUCACCGAGGCCAAGACGCAUGCGCACUGGGACGGCGGCGGCCGUCCGAAGGGUCUGGAGGGUGACGCCAAGGUCCGCUUCGUCGGCGACAACUACGUGUCCGAGGUCGAGGACUUCGCCAAGUCGGUCGUCACGGCGCGGCACCCGCAACUCUGGCGCCGCAAGAUCUCGCUCUAUGUCCGUUUUAAUUAUAAGUGGGACGUGCUGUUCCUCGCCGGUCGUACCUCGUGUUUUAGUCCGCUGUUCUCGCUCAGCUUGAUGCGGGUUGCCGGCCGGCUGCCGGACCUUGUCGCUGGCACUGGCGGGCAUUGGUUCGUUAAUGUGCAGCACUUGGCGCUUCAGCUGCAGCGGACGGGGACGGGUAGUACCCCGGGGACGGGGACGAUGGCUGGCGAGCUUGAUGCCGUGCUUCCUCGCAUGCCCAUGCUGAAGGAUGUGUUUCUCGUCGUGUAUCGCGACCCGAUGUGUCACUGGGGGCCGCCGCGGCGGUGGACCGUGUUCAAGAGGGCCAUGCUGGACGGGCAGAACUUCUUGCCGGUUGCUGAGUUCAUCGCUCGCCAUCCCGAUGGGGACCGGGUUGGCACGUUUUGCGAGUGCGACUUGGAUGAUGGCGAGGCCAAGGGUAUCAAAUCAAGUCUGCAGCGAAGUCUUCCGGCCAGUGUGUCGGUCACAGUCGUGGCUGAUCCGUACUAG